AUGGACUCAGAACUGCCCAAUAAAAUGGCACACUUAGAUAUAAUGGAAAUAGAUAAACCUGUUACAGAGCUUUCUAAUAAUGAUGAACAUGUUUGUGCAACCACGUCGCGUGUUUUGAGGAAAAGAAAAUCUUUGGCUGCUGAAACAAGUAAGCUUUCUAAUAGAAGAGUAAGCAUGAAACCCCGUAAGCACAACAAAGAAGAUGCUAAUCCUAAACAAAUUGAAGCUCUAUACCUAAAUAAAAAAGUAAAAAGUUUAUCACAGACUCUAGAAACUAUUUAUGAGGAGCCCAAGGCGAAUAAUUCUGGCACUGAGAUGAAUUUAGGUGGUAAAAAAGUCAAAAGACUGUUGACCUUUCAAUUAGGAAGUCAUUACACUAAAGACAAAAUUAAAAAAAGAAGAGCUAAAAUCAAAAAGCUUCUUGGAAAUAAAUCAUUUUUAAACAGAAAAAAAAUACCUAUGCAAGUAUUUCUUAAGACAAUUGAAUGCCUCGAUUUAGAUGAAGUUGUGCAUAUUGAAAGUAAAACUAUUGAGAGUGCUGUAUAG